AUGCCGCAGCCGCCGCUGCCAGCGCUUCCUCCGUCUUCGCGGCGCGCCGCUGGUUCCUACGGGCCCCGAGCGGCGGGGAGGCGAAACAGGAGCCCGCCGGAGGAAAGAGGAAGGAGGGGGUGGAGAGAAUGCAGUGGCCGCCGCCUCUUCCGCCGCCGGGCUCCGGGCCUCCGCAUCGACAACAUGGAGGCUGUGAAAACCUUCAAUAGCGAGUUGUAUUCUCUGAAUGACUACAAGCCACCCAUUUCUAAAGCGAAAAUGACCCAAAUCACUAAGGCAGCCAUCAAAGCUAUAAAGUUCUAUAAACAUGUGGUACAGAGUGUUGAGAAAUUCAUUCAGAAAUGUAAACCAGAAUAUAAGGUACCUGGACUUUAUGUUAUUGACUCUAUUGUACGACAAUCUCGACAUCAGUUUGGUCAAGAAAAGGAUGUGUUUGCACCCAGAUUUAGUAAUAACAUCAUUAGCACUUUCCAGAAUUUAUACCGUUGCCCCGGAGAUGACAAGAGUAAAAUAGUGAGAGUAUUAAACUUAUGGCAGAAAAAUAAUGUAUUUAAGAGUGAGAUUAUUCAGCCUCUUCUGGAUAUGGCAGCAGGGAUUCCUCCUCCAGUCGUCACACCUGUUCUGGCCAGUACUACUGCUGCUAUGAGCAAUACCCCAGGAACUCCUGUGACACCUGUUACUCCAGCCAAUGUGGUCCAAGGUUUACCUGAUCCGUGGGUGUCUCAGAUAACAAAUACAGAUACACUUGCAGCAGUAGCUCAGAUCUUACAAAGUCCUCAAGGCCAACAGCUUCAGCAGCUAAUACAGACCCUGCAGAUACAGCAGCAGAAGCCUCAGCCCUCCAUCCUGCAAGCCCUGGACGCAGGUCUUGUCGUCCAGCUGCAGGCUCUCACGGCACAGCUUACAGCAGCCGCCGCCGCAGCCAACACCCUCAAUCCCCUAGAACAGGGGGUGUCUUUUAACAAGAAGUUGAUGGAUAGGUUUGAUUUUGGGGAAGAUUCUGAGCAUAGUGAAGAACCCAAAAAGGAGAUUCCAGCUUCUCAACUUUCUCAUGUUUCGGAAUCUGUGAACAACUCCAUCUUUCAUCAGAUAGCAGAACAACUGCAGCAGCAAAAUCUUGAACAUCUCAGACAGCAACUCCUGGAACAGCAACAGCCUCAAAAGGCAACUCCUCAGGAUAGUCAAGAAGGAACAUUUGGGUCAGAGCAUUCUGCAUCACCGUCACAAGGGAGCAGUCAGCAGCAUUUCCUUGAACCUGAAGCAAAUUUGGAUGAUUCCAUAGAUAUUCAGCAACAGGAUAUGGAUAUAGAUGAAGUGCAAGAUGCAGUGGAAGAGGAGAUCUUUGAACAGGAAGCAAAGAAAGUGGCUGUUCGUUCAAGAUCAAGAACACACUCCCGAUCUCGUUCAAGAUCACCAAGAAAACGACGGUCUAGGUCACGAUCUGGUUCUCGAAAGCGUAAGCACAGAAAGCGAUCACGCUCCCGCUCUAGAGAAAGAAAAAGGAAAUCAUCACGUUCAUACUCAAGUGAAAGGAGAGCUAGAGAAAGGGAGAAAGAACGACAGAAGAAGGGAUUACCUCCAAUUCGAUCUAAAACAUUAAGUGUAUGCAGUACUACUCUGUGGGUUGGUCAGGUGGACAAGAAGGCAACACAGCAAGAUUUAACCAACCUGUUUGAAGAGUUUGGACAGAUUGAGUCCAUUAAUAUGAUUCCUCCCAGAGGCUGUGCUUAUGUCUGCAUGGUUCAUCGACAAGAUGCGUUUCGAGCUCUUCAGAAACUUAGUUCCGGGUCGUAUAAAAUUGGAUCCAAGGUCAUUAAGAUUGCUUGGGCUUUAAACAAAGGUGUAAAAACAGAAUACAAACAAUUCUGGGAUGUGGAUCUUGGAGUUACGUAUAUACCAUGGGAAAAAGUUAAAGUGGAUGACUUGGAAGGUUUUGCAGAAGGAGGCAUGAUUGAUCAGGAAACUGUAAAUACUGAGUGGGAAACGGUGAAGAGCUCAGAGCCUGUUAAAGAGCCGGCGCAGACAAGUCAGAGCCCGCCUCCAGCCGAGAAGGAGGUGGUGGUCACCACCCAGGCGGAGGUGUUCCCCCCGCCUGUCGCUGUGUUACAGAUUCCAGUAGCCCCAGCAGUGCCUGCAGUUAAUUUAGUACCACCAGCAUUUCCCGUGUCAAUGCCAGUUCCUCCUCCCGGCUUCAGUCCAAUUCCUCCGCCUCCUUUUCUCCGAGCAAGUUUCAACCCUUCACAGCCACCGCCUGGUUUCAUGCCUCCUCCAGUUCCACCCCCUGUUGUACCACCACCUACUAUCCCGCCAGUAGUACCAACAUCUUUAGUGCAGCCGCCAUUAUCUAUGACUCCAGAAACUGUGAAAGAUGUUGGAUUUGGUAGCCUUGUUUUACCAGGUGGUUCUGUUGCCAGCAGUCUUGCUACUGCCACUCUGCCAGCUGGAAAUGUUUUUAAUCCUCCAACGAAACAAGCAGAGCCUGAAGAAAAAGUACCUCAUCUUAUUGAUCACCAGAUUUCUUCUGCAGAAAGCACCAGAUCAGUGAUUCCAAAUGAUAUUUCAAGUGGCCCUGCGAUUUUAGGACAGCCACCAAAUGUGACAAGCAAUUCUGGAAUUCUGGGAGUCCAAAGACCAAACGUAUCCAGUAAUAAUGAAAUUCUGGGAGUCCGGCCAUCUAAUGUUUCCAGUAGUUCUGGGAUUAUUGGACCCCAGCCACCAAAUAUUCUAAAUAACUCUGGAAUUUUGGGAUUACAGCCACCAAAUGUGUCAAGUAGUUCUGGACUUUUGGGAGUGCUCCCCCCAAAUAUGCCUAAUAAUUCUGGACUUCUCGGAGUACAGCCACCUGGUGUUCCAAGUACUUCUGGGCUUUUGGGAACACAACCACCAGCUGGGCCUCAAAAUUUACCCCCUUUAAAUCUUCCUAAUCAAAGGAUGCCUGCAAUGCCAAUGUUAGACAUUCGUCCAGGACUGAUACCACAGACGCCUGGACCACGAUUCCCUUUAAUACAGCCUGGAAUUCCACCCCAGCGGGGACUCCCUCCCCCAGCAGUACUUGAUUCAGCUCUGCAUCCACCACCCCGUGGUCCUUUUCCUCCAGGAGAUAUUUUUAGUCCACCUGAAAGACCUUUUUUAGUUCCUGGAAGACAAAAUGUAGACAAUGUUCCUAACCCAGAAAAAAGGAUACCACUUGGGAAUGAUAACAUUCAGCAGGAAGGUGACAGAGAUUACCGGUUUCCUCCCAUCGAACCCAGGGAAGCCAUCAGUAGACCGCCCCCAGUGGAUGUUAGGGAUGUGGUUGGACGCCCUGUCGAUCCACGAGAAGGGCCUGGAAGGCCUCCGUUAGAUGGUAGAGAUCAUUUUGGAAGACCUCCUGUAGAUAUCAGGGAGAAUCUUGUGAGGCCAGGCAUAGAUCAUCUUGGCCGAAGAGACCACUUUGGCUUUAAUCCAGAGAAGCCCUGGGGGCACAGAGAUUUUGAUGAGCGAGAGCAUCGAGUUCUACCUGUCUAUGGCGGUCCGAAAGGCUUACAUGAAGAAAGAGGUAGAUUUCGGUCUGGAAACUACCGGUUUGAUCCUCGAAGUGGUCCUUGGAACAGAGGAUUCGGACAAGAAGUUCACAGAGAUUUUGAUGACCGCAGAAGACCCUGGGAGAGGCAGAGGGACAGGGAUGACAGAGAUUUUGAUUUCUGCAGAGAAAUGAAUGGGAAUCGUCUUGGACGAGAUAGAAUUCAAAACACCUGGAUCCCCCCUCCUCAUGCUCGGGUUUUUGAGUUUUUUGAAGGGGCCACUUCUCAACGAAAAGGUGAUAAUGUGCCUCAGGUUAAUGGUGAAAAUACUGAGAGACACACCCAGCCACCACCUUUACCAGCGCAGAGUGAUCCUGAACUGUAUGAAAAACUGGCAUCUUCAAGUGAAAUAAACAAGGAGAAGAGUGACACAGUUGCUGAUAUAGAGAGUGAACCAGUGGUAGAAAGCACAGAAACUGAGGGGACAUAA